AUCGCCAACAUCACCAGCAUCACCGCCAGCAUCACCAGCAUCAUCGCCGCUGCAGAUGGACGUCGACAAGUGGUUUGUUCUCCUCGGCAUUCUUAUCGACUCGCCCGAGCUGCAGCACCCCGAGCUUCUUGGCAAGCUCCAGCUUCUCUCUCGCGACGCAUAUCGCAUGCUCAUCGACAACGAGUAUAUCUGGAAGCAGUGCUUCACCCGGUACAUGGCUCAGGUUGUGCCGCAUGCCAGUCUGGAGAGGUUGGUCCUGGUUGGCGCCUACCGAGCUCUGGCCCUUGGCCUGCAUUCGUUUCUGACCCGAGCAACCGAACAUCCAAGUCCGCACGAGCAAACGUACUGGGAGGCUGCGAAUGCGAAUCCAAGUCUCUUUUGGUGGACGGCCCAGGCCGCGAUGCGGUGCGAGCCGCUCUUCUUAUCCCGAUGGCAUCCAUUUGAGCUUGACUCUGUCGAGGAGAGCCGCACCAACGAGCAGCAGGGGCAGCAACGACGGGCCCUUCAUAAUCUCCGCAGCUCUCUCCAGUUCGAGAGGAACGAUUCACCAAACGCCCGCUGGCUUAUUAUCAGCGAUGCCGCCUUGUGCAGCUUGCCCGACAGCAUCGGCGGUUUCUGGCGGCUGGAGGGACUUGUGCUCCCCAACAAUCGGCUGACGAUGCUGCCGCCUCUCAUCGGGAAGCUGACGCUGCUUCGGCGGCUCGAUUUGCGACACAACAGACUCACCAGACUGCCCGAAUCGAUUGGCUUUCUCACGGAGCUGGAGCAGCUCUUUCUGCAAGACAACGAGCUUGUCGAGCUGCCUGACGCCAUCGGUAGCCUCAAGUCGCUCAAUCGGCUCUAUGCUCACCGCAACCGGCUCGAGACGGUGCCCAGCACCAUCGGAAACCUCCCAAAUCUGCAGCAGCUGAACCUGGCAAAGAACCGGCUCCGGUCGCUGCCUGGGACACUGGUGCUGCUCGAAAGUCUAUCGCAGCUCACGCUGUCACAUAACCAGCUUGAUGCGGUGCCUGACUGCGUGGGGAAGCUGCCAUUCCUGCAGCAACUGAAUAUGCUGCACAACCCGAUCAGGGCACUUCCAGAUAACUGGGACUCUGUUACGAGCAGACUCGACCAAGUCAAGAUCGACAAGCGACUGCUGAUUGACGACGAUCGAUCGGAUCACUGAAGGAGGAACAGAGCCCGGGCGAGUCGACCUGCUGCUGAACGCGAGCGACGACCAACAGGUUUCAUGAAGACAGAGCCGUGGCCGGGACACUCCGAGUUAUUCGUUAGGCAUUCCGUAUCGACCAUCGACCACCACCAAUCGACCAUCGACCACCACCAUCUAACCAACCAGCCGCCGGGUGGUGCCGGUCCCGUGCUCGGGCCAGCCCGGAGCUCAUGCCGGGCCGUGCGGCUUUGCUGCUCCCGGCGCCGA